AUGGGAAAGGAAGAGGGCUCUUCUCUACCUGCCAGUGCAGUCUCUGCUGCUGUGCCUUCCCAUGGAGCUGAGUCGAACACCCUUGGUGGCAGGAACAAGGACAGCAUUGGAACCCCCUUCACCCUAAACGCCCUCAGGACCGUAGCACUUCCCCAGGGUUUGCAGGAAGCCGAGCCGCCUCCCCGGCACAGCGGUGCUCGGAGCCCGGUGCUGCGGGGGCUGGCGGGGCGGCACUGCCCGCGCUCGGCGCACGGAGUGAGCGCCGGCCGGCCGUGCCCGCAGCCGGACUUCGCCGGGGGCUCGGGCUGCGCUUGGCCCUGGUCCGCCCCCGCCGGGGUUUCCAAGGAGACCUGGGCCGCCGUCUGCGCCGCGGAGCCGCCGCACAGCCAGGGCCGGCCGCAGGGCCAGGUCUGCAGCCCGCAGCUCGGUGCCCAGGACGCGGCGUGGCAGGGAGACCAGCUGUCCUCCCAGCUCUACAGAAACAAGCAGCUUCAAGAUACUUUGCUUCAGAAGGAAGAGGAACUUGCCAGGUUACAUGAAGAAAAUAAUAACCUCCGACAAUACCUGAAUUCUGCCCUGAUUAAGUGUUUAGAAGAAAAAGCCAAGAAACUACUGUCUGACCAUGGGCAAAAAACCUGUGCUAUCCUCAAAAGUACCAAGAGGAGAUUAAAAGAGGACCACUGCUUUGUUCCUCAAGAAACUCCUCAUGCUUCCAAAGCUAGAAGGAACCUCUUCAAUGAAUUCACUGCCUGCGAGGAGCAAGCCAGCCCUGCUGUGGACAGCUGGGUCUUGCAGACCUUAGGAUUAAAAGAUGUGAACACCAUUGAUGAAGCUUCAGCUAACUACAGUGCCCUGUCCCCAGACCUUGGGAAAGACACGUACUGCCUGAGCCCUGGGGGAGCAGCAGACUGUGAGCACAGGGAAGGAGCAGCAGCAGUGUUCAGCUGCAGCCAUGAGCCCCCAGGCAGCAGCAGCACCCAUCCAUGCAGCCAGGAUUCUCCCUUCCUUCCUCAGUUUUCUUCAGCACCAUGCAUCUCCUCACCAGUGCCGAGUGUUUCCUCCCUCCCAGCCUAUGGGUCGCCUUAUUGGACUGGUGGUUUGCCACCCAACAGAACAGAAGUGGCCUUCACCACGUGCCUGAGUCCCCACCGCAACGUGAGGACGCACAGCUUCCACCAGGGACAGGCCUUCGUGCGCAGGGAUGAUGAUGGCGGCUGGAGGUUCACCUGGGUGCCCAAGCAGCCUGAAUGAUGCACCUGGCCAAGGGCCAGCCAUAGAGGAUGGAGGAGUCACACUUCACCUUGUGCAUCAGACAGAAAAAGGGACCCCUUUUGGGCUGCUUUAAAAGCUACCCUGUCACUAACCCACUCCUCAUUCCCUCACAGAUUUUCACAGAUCUGACUCCAGAUUGCACUUGAACAGUUUUCUGCCCCAGAUGUUCAAGCUGGAUUCCUUUCUCUUGUGCCUGUAUUCAGAUACCUGCUUUUGCUUCUUUCCUGGGGGUUUGUCAUCAGCUCCUCCUUGUUACUGGUAGUUUCCAGGCUGGAGGGCUUUCACUUUUGAUGAUCACUUUCACAUGCACCAAACAGGAAAGCACUUUGGGAAUACACCUCUCUCCCUUUGGAAAUAGCACCUAUCUCACAGAUAUCCACAGAUAACAAAGGAGAUAUAGGUUGGAGGCUGAGGAUCAGCAGUUUCUAAGUGAUUUAUAUCUCUCUUGAGACAGAUAGCCUUG